AUGGCCUUCUUCGGUCUCGGCCGCCUCGUCUACGUCCUCUGCCUAAUGGUCAACGCCAUCGCAGUCCUCUCCGAAGACCGCUUCCUCGCAAGGAUCGGAUUCGGUCGCCCGCAAGCCGACCCGGCCUUCGGCGCAACCUACGACGGGACCAGCGUGAAGGCGAAAUCGGUCAAUUUGAUCGCCAGCGUGCGGACCGUCAUGCGAAUACCCCUAAUCGUCAUCAACACGAUCAUAAUCGUCUACGAGCUGAUUCUCGGGUGA